AGGUUAUUAAAACCUUUGCAGAAGUUGUGCCUGUGAACUGUGCAUACAGUGCCCGCCGUCCAUCCCUGUCAUCUGUGGGCAGCAGUGCGUUGUCCCCCGAGGAUGUCCCGGCCUCGCCUGGCUUCCAGAAGUUGACCAACAGCCUUGACCCUUCACCGCUGACCAUCGAGUCGAAUGAUGUUUCACACGAUGCCUUGUCGACAGAAGAAAUGGCAGAACUACAGCACCGGCUGAAGAAUUCGCUAAAACUUCAGGGAGUGCCAGUGAAAUCACCACCACCUAGAAACAGACCUGUAUCUGCCCCUGUGAAAGUCAACAGCCAGUCAGAUGAUUCUAAGCAAGGCAAGAACAAUGCUCGCCGAGACCAGCCGAGGAGGAACGACCGAAACGAAGCCAAAGACAAAAUGAGUGAAUUCGUCACCAAGGAGACCGUUCGGCAGGACGGAUCCUCUGAUCGACUGAACUCGGGAAGCCGGUCGCCACGACGGAACUACGGCCGAGGUCAGUCUAGUCCACAGCGGUUCAGCGCCGAUGGAAGGCCACGGUCAGACAGAGGUCAGAGAGGUCGCGGCGACGGUUACCGCGGGAGGGGAGGAGAAGGUGGGGGCAGGUGGCUGGAAGAUGGCAGAGGAAGAGGGAGAGACAGGAGAGGGGGAAGAGGGAGGGGUGAGUAUAGAGGUGGGCGCGGGAUGCCUCGUGAUUCUGCUGCCCCUGUUCAGUCUAGUCAAUCGAAUCCAGCGUCUGUGCCAUCAUCGGCGGCAACAACAACACCGCCAUCCGCUACUGGUGGGACUGCCAACCCGGUAGCCACGUCUUUGAAUCCCGGAAGCAACUAAAUUGAUAACGAGAUGUUUCUGUGCUCAAACUGUUUAACUUAAACAAAAUCUUUCAGGACUUGCAAGGGCAUACAACCUAAAUAGUUUUAUUUUAAAUUGCCAGGCCUUUCUUAUGGAAUCUUCAACAAGUUGUGUACAGAUCUCUAUGCCGGCUUUGCACAGCGUGGUGAUUUGUUAAAUUAUUAAUAUCUGCCUUAAACUAUAAAGUUUUUGUUGUACUAGAAUGUUACCCCAGUAACAUACCAUGUGAUAUCUGCUACUGUCAUACUAUCGGUGAUACGUAUUAAUAUCAUACUGUGUAUUAAUUAUUAUUAUUGAACAACUUUGUUUGUUUUUUACCUAAAGCGUAAUUGUUGUUACAAUAAGAUAUGAAAUUGUAACCAAUAUGGGACUUAAAUAACGAAGUGUGGACUUAAAUAAUGAAGUGUUGACUUAAAUAAUGAACUCAGACUUUAAUAAUGAUUUGUGCACUUAAAUAAUGAAGUGUGGACUUAAAUGAUGAACUGUGGACUUAAAUAAUGAAGUGUGGACUUAAAUAAUGAACUCAGACUUUAAUAAUGAUUUGUGCACUUAAAUAAUGAAGUUUGGACUUAAAUGAUGAACUGUGGACUUAAAUAAUGGACUUAAAUGAUGAACUGUGGACUUAAAUAAUGGACUUAAAUGAUGAACUGUGGACUUAAAUAAUGAACUGUGGACUUAAAUGAAGAACUGGACUUAAAUGAUGAACUGUGGACUUAAAUAAUGGACUUAAAUGAUGAACUGUGGACUUAAAUAAGAAGUGUGGACUUAAAUAAUGAACUUAAACUUUAAUAAUGAUUGUGCACUUAAAUAAUGAAGUGUGGACUUAAAUAAUGAAGUGUGGACUUAAAUAAUGAACUCAGACUUUAAUAAUGAUUUGUGCACUUAAAUAAUGAAGUGUGGACUUAAAUGAUGAACUGUGGACUUAAAUAAUGAAAUGUGGACUUAAAUAAUGAAGUGUGGACUUAAAUAAUGAACGCAGACUUUAAUAAUGAUUUGUGCACUUAAAUAAUGAAGUGUGGACUUAAAUAAUGAAGUGUGGACUUAAAUAAUAAACUCAGACUUUAAUAAUGAUUUGUGCACUUAAAUAAUGAAGUGUGGACUUAAAUAAUGAAUUGUGAACUUAAAUAAUUAAUUGUGGACUUAAAUAAUGAACUGUGAACUUAAAUAAUGACUUGUGGACUUAAAAUAUGAAUUGUGGACUUAAAUGAUGAAUUGUGGACUUACAUAAUGACCUGUGGACUUAAAUAAUGAACUAUGAACUUAAAUAAUUAAUUGUGGACUUAAAUAAUGAACUAUGAACUUAAAAUAUGAAUUGUGGACUUAAAUGAUGAAUUGUGGACUUAAAUAAUGAACUGUGGACUUAAAUAAUGAAUUGUGGACUUAUUUCAAGGUCUUUAACACCACGGAUGAUAUUAUUUAAGAUGGGGAAAAUAUUUAUUUAUACAGAGUUAAGACCAUAUACACGAUGGAGAAUUAUAUGCUUUACAUGAUUUCACAUGGUAUGUACCGGCAAUAGGAAUGGUAAAACAAAACUUGUUACCAAACUACCAUGAAACCCCUUAAAUCUUUGCCACAAUUCAUCUUGACUGAAACGAUGUCCACACCCCACCCCACCCCACCCCACCCCACCCCACCCAUUUUAAAAUGGCCAAAAAAUUCAUGUAAUAAUAAUAAUAAAAUAAAAAAAAUUGGUGUUUUGUUGGAAAAUAACUCUAGGUUUUGCUUCUUUUUUUAAAAGAUAAUUUGGCGAAAUGUUUUGCUCAACCAGAGCUAUCCCAGCAUGAUAAUCCGAAAGCUUUUGAUUGUUAUGUGAAAUUCACACCAAACGUGCGUGAAUAUACAACUUUUUUAAAUGAUGAAGGAUAAACCGUAAACUUUUAAUGGUAAGUGAAAACCGGCUCCACAACAAUGGACUCUUGAUGAUAAGAAAAUUUAGCCAGGAAUGAUGCCAAAUGGAUUUGACAUUACCCAUCUCCUCCCCCCCCCCCCCCCCCCCCCUAUUUUCAGGCAUUGAAAGGGGUUUCAUGGUACUCGACCAAAUGCAAUGCAAUAUAUCAUGGUCUCCAUUGGUCUCGUGAAUAAAGCCAAUUUGUACAUAGAAGAAGUGCAUGACCGAAUUAUUAUUAUUAUUUUUUUUUUUGCAAUAUAUGACUUAGGGCAGAAUGAAUUUGUGUCACGGUGCAUGGUCCCCUAUUCAACACUGUACAGUACUUUCAGCCAAUACAGUACAUGACCCAACGAUAAAAUCAACCAAUCACUCGUAGUUGACAGCUGUCCUACUUUCAGCCAGUACAGUACGUGGCCCAAUGAUAAAAUCAACCAACCACCCAUAGUUGGUUGCUUCAAGUUGGUAACUGUCCUACUUUCAGCCAGUACAGUACGUGGCCCAACAAUAAAAUCAACCAACCACCUAUAGUUGAUACUAUGGGUGGUUGAUUCAAUGCCAUUGCACAGGGCACAGUAUUCAGGCAAAUCAUUGUUCUGUUUGCAUGUUAGUUAUGUAGUGUUAAAUUUAUGUAAACCACCAACUGGUGAUAUAAUUAAGUAUCUAAUAAACUGUUCAUUAAUGAUUUAAUGGAAAAAAAGCCAGUUAUAUUUUACAGUCAAAGGACUGUUAUACCACAUAUCAUAAAAUUAUGUGCUAUUUCGGGGAACAUUUUGGUUCAGCGAUUCACUACGCAAAUUUCAGGGAUCGCUACACAAUUUUGAAAGAUUAAUCAAUAGCUGCUAAUCUAUUUUGAGUUACACAUGUAGCUAGAAAUAUUGCUACUUAUGAUUUUGCAAACAAAAUGUUCCCUGUAUUUAUAUUUUCGAAAAAUUGUAGGAGCACAAAACAAGUUGAUUUUUUUUUUCCAGUAUCUGCAAUAGCACUCGUAUAAAUCUAUAUAUUUUCUACAGUUUCUUUCUCACAAGGUAGUCUGCAUGUGAUUUAAUCUUUAUUUUCAUUAUAAAAAUGAUUUCCAGAUGUCGGUGUAAAAUCAUAGCCUAUACGUAGGAUAGGGGAACAUGUACCUGCUUGCGAGCUAGCAAAUUGAAAUGUAAAAAAAAAAAAAAAUUAUAUUGUGUAUAUUUUUUUGUGUGGGUGAAUGGUAGUAUUAUGAGAGUCAUCGUAUAUUUUAUUAUCCCAUUCUUCAGAUUACGAAUCGCCUGUACAUGGUUAAUAUUGACAUGAUUGUAUAUCUUAUAUUUGGAUGCAAUGUUUGUUUCUUUGUUGUCGUUUGUUUAGUUUUUUCAUCAUGCCGACUGAUUGAUGAUUAAAAACAAGAUGCAAUGAAUUUGUUUACUUACAUUGUUUUUCUUUUUUCUUUCUUCUUUUUUUUUUGUCGUCUCUUGUUUUUGUUUAUGUUUAUGAAUGCUGUCAACUAACUUACAUGUACAUACUCUUGUUGAUUUAGUAUGCUAUGAUGUUAGAUCAUGUUAGUAUAUUGACAUAUAUUACUUUCAUGUUUGAUCGGUUGGUGGAAAAUAAUGUAUGAAGGAGCGUAAAUGUCUCAAAUACAUGUCGAUGUUAAAAUGCCAGCACCUUUAUAAAAAAAAAAAAAAAUAUAUAUAUAAAUUUUAUUUUUAAUUUGCUUCAACAAAUGUUUACAGUGUUAAAUAACAUUUUCCAUCAUUGUUCUUUUAUAACGGAACAUUAUUUUUGGAAAACAAUUAAGAGCACACUUUCCUAUUUUUUAUUAUUUAAAAAAAAACAUUUUUUGAGGUGGAGGGGUGCAGGUUGAAGGAAGGGCAAAGGAGAUAUUAGCUCCCCAUCUCCCAAUAACAUAUCAUUUACAGUAAUACAAAUAUUUUUCCUGUUAUUGACAAUAAUACACAUGAACCUGUGUUGAUGUAUGUCGAUUGCAACGACAACUAAGGGUUAAAAUACUGCCGUUCUGGACAGUUUUUGCCAAUCUGAAUUACGGUAAUACAAAUGUGUUUUCUGUUGCUGACAAUAAUGCACAUGAUCCUGUGUUGAUGUAUGUCGAUUACAACGACAACUAAGUCGUGGGUUAAAAUACUGCCGUUCUGGACAGUUUUUGCCAAUCUGAAUUACGGUAAUACAAAUGUGUUUUCUGUUGCUGACAAUAAUGCACAUGAUCCUGUGUUGAUGUAUGUCGAUUACAACGACAACUAAGUCGUGGGUUAAAAUACUGCCGUUCUGGACAGUUUUUGCCAAUCUGAAUUACGGUAAUACAAAUGUGUUUUCUGUUACUGACAAUAAUGCACAUGAUCCUCUGUUGAUGUAUGUCGAUUGCAACGACAAUGAAGUCAUGUUAUCUCCUGAUACAUCUAUUUGACAUUUUUGGAGGUCUGGUUUUGACUUUCCUUUUUUUUUUUUUUUAUAAAGUUAACCUUUAAAAAAAAAAAAAAUCCAAGAGAACAAAAAAACCCUGCAAUCCUGAAAAAGAAUGAUUUCGUGUCCUGAAUCAGGCCUCCGAUCUUAUUGGAGGCCUGACUUGGGAUGGGCGUGUUGUAAACCCUAGUGGUAUAUGCAUGAGUACAUUAAAUCCAGUUAACCUACCUACCUACCUACCUAGAAAGAAUGUGGAAUCAUGCUCUUAAAAAUAUAUUAAGGAACAUGAGGAACUGCAGUCUUCAAAAUAAUAUGUAUUAAGAGGAAAUUCAAAGCAGAAUUGCACCUAUAAUUAUGACUAAGUGACAGUAGACAAGAACGAAUCAAGGAUUAGUUUGCAUUUAUUAAUUUCUCAUAGCUACAUGUACAGUGUAUAUUAUCACACUGGUACGUUUUCUUAACUGGUAUUUAACAUCUAAUAUGUAGCUGUUUGAAAAAAAAACCUAUAAAAAAAAAAAAAAAAAUCAUGUAGUGGACAUGACUGCUAGCUAUUGUAGAGUAGUCGCAAUAUGCAUUUAGUUACUUAAUCACCCAUUUAUGAACAAUCCCCAUGUGGUAUAAUUAGGUAUAUCAUCUGUGUGUGGUGGGUAUAUAUCCAUAUGUGUUAUAUGUUAUGUAUUGGACAGGGUGAAAGUUGAUUAUUAUCUACAUCGGUCAACACACAUUCAGCUAUGAUCAGUUGAUUGGGUUAAAUAUUAUGUCUCAAGAGGUACUACAAAGAAGUGUUUUCUCAAUUGCCAAAAUUUGAGUUUUGACGAGUGGUGGCUAGCGAGUAUUUUUAUCAUGCUACUUAAUGAAUGGCUCUGUGACGAGAAUAAAUUGAUGUUUUGACGGACAGCUCACCAUAUUUCCAUUUGAGACAAGUGUGAGGUGUGAAUGAGUGACCACUACCAUUUCUUGAUAGCCCUUGAAUUUUUCAUAGAACAUAUUUCUUUUGGCCUGCUAUUUGAACAAAAUAACAACAAUAUUUUAUGUUCUAUUUCUAUGUUAUCUCAUGCACUACCACAAUGUUGCAGUUAAAAUUUCUCCAUUUUACUGUGUAUAUUGAGGAGAAUUGUCAAUUGUAGUCACGGCUUAAACUGGUAUGAAAUAAUUCAUCAUCGUCAACAAUGAAAAAACAAAUCAUUUUAUGCAAGGGACCAACACAUUACAAAUAAAUUUUGCGAGUCGUUA